UUGUUUGGCUGGCAGUAGCUGUAGCUUGCCUUUUGCCCCUUUGGGUGGCUUGUUCUCCUUUAGUGUGCUCCAGUAGUGAGCUGAACAACUGCUGAACUUCCAGUUUAACAGUGGCUUUUAUGAAUGUUGUGAAUCUUCACCUGAGACCAGACUAGUGUGUUUGUGUUGCCGGAGGACCCCCCCUGGCAGAGAGGGUUCACCCCAACAAACUGGCAAAGUAUGCAGACUUAAUAGAGAACCACAGAAAGCAUAAGUCCUCCUCUUCUGGUGAUACUCUUGUGAAGAAUGCAAAAAUCACAGCCUUCGCUGCCACAUGGCGGGUAACACCUGUAGACCUGUCAAAGGCUCAAACACGUUUGAUGUCCUUGCAGCUGCAUUAGAGGAAAUACAUUCUGAGUACAAAAUCAGGGAAAAAGUGACCAGGACAACAACAGACAGUGGCUCAAACUUCCUGAAGGCCUUUAGAUUAUAUGGUGAGAAGAAAGAGGAGGAAGCCACCAAUGUACAAGAGGACAGUGACUCCACCCUUGAUGAUGCAACAGAAAAUCAGAGUGAGUCAGAGGUGGCGUAUCAAGAUGUGUCUGCUAUUCUGGAUGACAACUCAGGCCUUGAGUACCAACUUCCAAGGCACCAAAAGUGUGCAUGCCAUCUCCUCAAUCUUGUAUCCACAGUUGAUGCCACUGCUGCAGGAGGAGGUGCAAACGAAACCUACAAGAGGCUGUCUCAGUCUGCUUUUGCCAAAUGUCAAGCUCUUUGGAAUAAAACCAGCAGGUCAACCAUGGCUCAUGAGACAGUGGAACGUGAAUGCAAGCUGCAGUUUCUCCGACCCAAUCAGACACGCUGGAGCUCCCUGUUCCUCGCUGUAGAAAGGAUUGUGCGCAUUCACAGAGAGCAAGGAGAGAAAGCAAUUUGCAAUGUCUGCACAGCAUUAAAGAUAAAGAUGAAUCACCUUGACACAGACUUGGAUGAUGUCACCAGCACAAACAGCAGCCCCUCUAAUGAAGAUGACUUCUUUGCAUCCAUGGAGUUGGGAAAAUCACAAGUAGGAGAGCUGGAGAGGUACCUUUCAUGUCCUUCCCCUGCAGGUAUUGAUCUACUCCACACCUUUCCUCUCAUCAAGAAUCUGUCACUCAAAGUCAACACAGUUCUUCCUGCAUCUGCAGCCUGUGAGAGACUUUUCAGUCAUGCAGGACUCCUGUUCACUGCUAAAUGGUCAUAGCUUCACAGCAAGAACCUUGAGAGCCAGCUACUGUUGAAGUUUAAUAGUGAAAUAGUUUUUCUGCAUGUUUUCACACACGCACACACACACAUUUUACGUUGACCGCUUCCUUCUGGUGUGCAGUUUUCUGUUCAGCAUGCCUGGUAUGAAAUGUGUGUUUUUCUUCUGUUGUUCGGUCACUGGAGACACACACAGUUUAUGGGCUGACUCGUUCUAGUUCUGCCUGUUAAAGUAUAAAGGUUUGGAAAUUUGUGUUACUUGUGUAUAUUUAUUUUUUAUUUAUUAUUAUUUUAUUUAUUUUAUUUAUUAAGUAUUUGAAUUUACCGGAGU